GCUGGUUUGAUGUUGGAUGGAAAAUUAGAACCCCCCACAACAAACGGAGGGCUGGAACAGAGAGACUGGAACAGAGACAGAGAGGAUGGAAAGAGAACAACCAUCGACAGAUGGAGUCUGUUGUGAUUAAAGAUGGCGUCAGUCUUCACUGCAGACCACGAAGGACUGUAUCCGAUCUCUAAAGAAGUGGUGGGAGUUGUCUGCGGUUCAGCUCAUCAGAACCAUGAAGAACACAAUGUGGAAGAACUGGACUGCACAGAUAAACCUAUACAGCAAUAUUCUGCUCUAGUCAGACCUUUCCAGUUGUGGGAAUUUAGACUGGCUUUAUUAUUACUCCUAGACCGUGCAUUGAAUAACCUUACAAUGGAAUCGACAGUGAAAGGUUUCAGAGCUGGAGGAUGCAUGAGGAUGACAAUCAGACUCAAGGAGCUUUUUCAGAGAAGCAUAACUAGAAUACUGGAUCCAACAGUUGUGCAGUGUGGGCACUGCGGGGUUCAUGGAUGCUGGGACUAUGAGCAUAAGCGACCAAAGGGGCUUCAUCUCAGACCUGGGAGGCAGCUUCACUGAGGAUGCUCCCAGACCUCCAGUUCCUGGGGAGGAAGGAGAGCUGGUUUGCAGCGAUGGUCGCCAGCACAGCAGCCUCACCUUCUCCUCCAAGAAUGACGGCACCAAAAGUGAAAUGUCUGUGGCUACACCCAGACGGCCAGACUUGGACCUGGGCUACGAGCCAGAGGGCAGUGCUUCCCCAACGCCACCCUACUUAAAAUGGGCAGAAUCUCUUCAUUCCCUCCUGGAUGACCAGGAUGGCAUCCAUCUGUUCAGGAAAUUCCUCAAGCAAGAGGGGUGUGCGGAUAUGCUGGACUUUUGGUUUGCAUGCAGUGGCUUUCGUAAACUGGAAGCCAGCGAGGGGAAUGAGGAGAAGAAAGUGAAACUGGCGAAAGCUAUCUAUAAAAAGUACAUCCAGGACAACAACGGAAUUGUCUCCAGACAAAUCAAACUAGCUACUAAGUCUUUCAUCAGAGAUUGUUUGAUGAGGCUUCAUAUUGAUCCUGCGAUGUUUGACCAGGCUCAGACUGAGAUACAGACCCGGAUAGAGGAAAACACUUAUCCUUUGUUCCUUAAAUCUGACAUAUAUUUGGAAUAUACACGAUCAGGAGGGGAGAGCCCAAAACUGUGCAGCGACCAGAGCUCUGUUUCUGGGAAUGAGAAGGGACUGUCGGGGUAUUUACCAACUUUAAAUGAAUAUGAGGAAUGGAGAUGUGACAAAGGACCUGAGGAGACUGAGUGUGACCUGACACCAAGCAGCCUGCUCACUCAGAAGCUGUUGAUGGAGACGGUACCGCAGCGAGUUGCCAGCAGUGCAAAAUUCCAGGACAGCCAGGAGUACAGGCACGGACCAUGUCGAGAGCCCAUCGACCCAUACUAUGUCAACGCCGGUCAUGUUCUGGCCCCAGCCACCAGUGCUAAUGACAGUGAGCAGCAGAGCAUGUCCAGUGAUGCAGAGACACUUUCGCUCACAGACAGCAGUGUAGAUGGUGUUCCACCGUACCGAUACCGCAAACAGCAUCGCCGGGAGAUGCACGAGAGUGCCAAAGCAAAUGGGCGAGUGCCACUACCUCAUUUUCCACGCACAAACCGGAUUCCAAAGGAUAUAAACGUGGAGCCAGAGAGGUUCGCUGCAGAGUUGAUCAGGAGGCUGGAGGGCGUCCUGAGGGAGAGGGAAGCUGAGGAGAAACUGGAGGAGAGGCUGAAAAGAGUCCGAUUGGAAGAAGAAGGUGAUGAAGUGUCCUCACCCUCAUCAUUACCCAGUCAAAGAUUCCCCCCUAGUGCUUAUUCGAUGAAUUACAACCCCCGUUACGCUGAAAUCACAUACAGCAGUCCUUUUGUUCAAGAUGCUCAUGAGGAAAACCCAGAGAGUAUCCUGGACGAUCACGUCCAGCGGGUCAUGAAGACACCCAUCUCCGAGUCUCCAGGGACCGGGCGCCACUCCCCCAAGUCACGCUCUCCGGAUGGCUUGUCAGGGGUCAGAGGAGUGGCGCACUCAGGCCAGGGUAAACAUUCAGCCAGACAUGGUUUGAAGGGAGAGACGAGCCAUCCGUACAACCACAAAUAUGUGCCUCACAGUCACGCGAGUAUCGUGGAGCCUGAGGGGGCCCCACGUUCGCACGGCAGCUCUGCCUGGAGCCUAGAGACGAGCUAUUAUGGCUCAAAAUCUCGAAGCUAUGCAGAUGGCAUGGUUUCUAACCCUGUGGAGCACAGCAGCAAAAGUGGCCCUCAGUGUAAACGAGCAUUCAAGAGAGGUGAAGAGACGAGGGCUUAUGAUGUGUCACAACCUGCAGAGGAAGCGGAGAAAAAACAAAAGAUCCUAUUGUGGCUGAUGGAUGGACAGAAAGAAAUGGCUCAACAUAAAAUAAGUCCAUAUGGGAGUGUCAGUGGGUCCAAGAGGACUGUGAGCCAUGAGGGAUCUUGCCUCAGCUCCUCAGAGAGAUAUGGGUUGGUGCAUCCCUGCCUCAGUGGCCAAGGGCGCAGCAACGUGCAGCCGUUUCACCCCUUCAUCCAGGACCCUACCAUGCCUCCUAACCCGGCUCCCAGUCCCCUCAUCCAGCUAGAGGAGGUUUGUCGGCGACUUGAAGAGGAAAAGAUUAAGUCUGGAGCUUUGCAGCCUAAGCAAAGGUAUGUGAUGGAGGUGAUCCAAAGGGGUCGCGCAGCAGUCAGGCCUCCACCGGUCCCUCUGCUCAACAUGGUUCCUGCCGUUUCAGACAGCGAGCUCUCAGAGCCUGAACAUAAAGCCACUAAAAAGCAGCCAUGCGGGAAUAUUACCGUGGCUUACUACUUCUGCGAGGAGCUGAUACCAUAUAUGACGUCUGUCAAGGGGAGGGUUGUCACAUUGGGCCAGUUCAAAGAACUUCUUACAAAGAAAGGAAAUUACAGAUAUUAUUUCAAGAAGGUGAGCGAUGACUUUGACUGCGGGGUGGUGUUCGAAGAGGUACGCGAGGAUGAUGCUGUCUUGCCCAUCUUUGAGGAGAAGAUUAUCGGGAAAGUUGAAAGGGUUGACUGAAGUGCACGCUGCAUAGGAAUGAAGGCAAAGGUGGUGGAGGAAGAGCAGAGAAGCAGCUGAAGGUGCAGAGGAAGUGAGAAGAGAGAGUUUAGAGGAAAGUGAGAAGCUUAAAGCAGUGGCCGAAGAGAAGACCUCAUUCACAUUUUUGGAGUUUCAUGUAGCAUUGUAAAGUUUUCUAGAUAAACGAAGAACAAAAGCGCUACUAAAGCUGCAUAUUUUUGAUAAAGAUAUAUGAGAAGAUUUCCCAACUAAAGUAGCAGCGCUUGCAAUUUUUUAAAUGUCCUGAUGCCAGAUUUGUACAGUUUGUGUUAAAGGAUAACAAUUUUUUUAUUCUAUUUCAACUAUUUAAAAUACAAAUUUUCAGUUUUAUUAAAAUGUUUCCCUUGUUGAAGGUGAUAAAAAAUCUUUUUUUAAACUGACAUUUUUUGGCAUUGAAUGUUUGUGAUCUUCUAAGUGUUUUUAUAUGUUAUCAGAAUGUUAUUUUGACAGGCUGCUUGUUUAUCCACGUGUUGUGAACACAUUCUUUCUCGGUUUAGGCUAUGUAAAUGUUGCAGAUGGCUUUUUUGGAAUCUCUUUGGCACCGUUUGGAAGGUUUAAUGCCGUUUCAGAUACAUAACACACUGAAAGUAAUUUCAUAUGAAAUUAAGCCAUUUAUUAAAAGAAUGUCAGAAUUUACCAAGAUAUCUAUUUUGCAAUUUGAAUAGGUUGCAGUUAUGUAAAAUAUUUCUGGUGUUCCUGGUUUGGUGUACACUGCCUGGAAAUGAAACUAAAACCCUUUUUAAGUGACUAGAUAUUGUUUGAGCCUAAAUGCAGGUAACAAUAGAAAGUUAAUGCAAUAAUAUCUAAAAUACAAGGGAAAAUUGGAAUCCCAAUGUGAAUCUAUGCAAAAUUAUUAUGACACGGAAUUUACCCUUUUACAGAUUUCUACUGAUUUCUCCUUUUUGGUCACUUUAUUUCAGAUAAUCAAACAAAUUUUUAUAUCAAACCGAUUGAAUAUACAAUUGUUUAAGAGACAAAUGGUCUCUAAACCAACCUGGCCCUCUGUAAAAAAGUAAUUACCCCCCAAAUCUAAUGGUUGUGUGACUCUUGCCUGCAAAAACUGCCAUCACUCGUUUAACUGGCAUUGAUCCUUUUUAUGUCUUUUAAAAUUCUUUCAAUUCUUAGUUAUUGCUGAAUGACAUGUUUUGUGCUUAAACAUCUAUGCUGUCUCUGAAACUAAAAACCAGCUUUUUCGCUGGUAGGUCAUCAGAAAACAAUGUUGUUUUUUAAUUAGCAGUUACGUUGCGGCCGGAGACUAUCGUUAUAUUUCUUUUACAAAACGUAUACAAGCAUGAACUCUAGCAUACAGAUUUUGUAGUUUAUGCAUUUUUUAAUGCAAGUUUAAAGUCUAAAUGACUCCGUAGUCUGUAAAUCAAUUAAACGCAUGAUGCUUUGUAACCUGAAGCCUUCUCUGUCUGCCUGGCAGGAAUAUGAGGAUCUAUAUGUGAUAGAGACAUUUUACACCAAAGAAGAAACAUUCUCUGAAAUGACCCAAUUAGCCAUCAUUUUACAGCAGCGCUUCAUAUCCCAGCUGUUGCUUUUUCACAGUAUAAAACACACUAAGGACCUAACCUGCUUUUAUGAUUGAGGGUUUCUGCCACUUAUUGAAGCUUGCAAAGUUAUUGCUUUUCCACUACUGAAUAAAUAAAAAUAUCACGGCCUUUUUACAUCGCUUGCCACCCUGACCAUGUAAAGGCAAUGUAAAGGACAUUUUCUGCACUGAAAUGGCACACACACUGGAAAUGGGGAUUCAAGGCCGCCAUAUUUGUUUGUAUUUUGUUCCUCAUCAUUGUGCUGGAUUUCACAGUGAAGAAUGAGCCAUUAUAAAUAUGUGGUUUAUUACAACAAGUGAGAACACCAGUAGACCUUGAAUUUAGAGUGCUCUGUUUUAUUGGAACAUAGCAUAAUAAACAUUGUUUUGUUUUUUGUCUUUAAAGAUGCUGCUUUUUAGUUUACUAACUUAAAUCAGUUUAAUAUAUUUGUAGUUCAUUAGCAUCCAGUGAUUAUUAGCUUGUUAAAUUAUAUGGUUUAAUUUAGUUAUUCUUUGUUGUUUUGAGUUAUUUUUCAUUCUUUUUAAACAAUCAUCAUUGUUCUGUUCGAACUGUGAAAGCCCUUUUAUUUAAAUCCAUGUCAUUUUACAAUGAAUUACAGAGUGCCUUUAUUACUAUGCUAAUGAUGUCUGCAGCGCAAUGUUCAGAUAAAUGUGAUGACAUUAAUUCCUCCUUUGUUGAGGCUUUUUCAUGUGCAUUUCUUGUUUUUUUUUUUUUUUCAACCUAUUUAUGUAAAUGUAAAUAUGUAGAACUGUCAGCAGCAAGCAGCUCAGCCUUCACAUUCAGUCUUGGACCUGUUUCUCUUUUUUUGUUGUUCACUAAUUAGCAUGGUAACCAUUUUAAGGUACCAGAAAAAUAAAUUCAUGCAUUACACCAA